AUGUCUGAGGAGCCUGAUGAAAUUGAGCCCACUAAAAGUCAGUGUAUAGAGCGAGAAUUAAUAAAACAAUUGCGAAGUGAUAGAGAUAUCAUCUCACCGGCUUCCUUUGAGAUUACAGAGCAUCAAUCAUCUCAAAUUACAUCACAAAGCUUGAUCUGUUUAUUCCAAAAUGCAAUACGAGCUAGACAUGAAGAAAUUUUAUCUUGGUACUAUUAUUCUGAUAGUUUUGAAAAUAAAGUUAUUGAAAUUUGUCGUGAGACAGGAGUUACGGAUAAAACUGCUAGAACACAAUUAUAUAAGGAAAUGUUAAACCAUUUAUCUGGCAUUACAUCAGGAAACUUGCGUAUGAAAACUCUAAGAGCCAAAAAAAUUCAUAUGUUAUUUGGGAAAGAUGGUGUUGGAAUAAAUAAAAUUAAGCAAGUUACCUAUGGCAUAUAUGCCAUUUCAAGUCUUACUAAUAGUCAAAUUCAAAAUGUUAUCAAUAAUGUAACUUCAGUAGAAGUGCCAGAAACUGUCACGAAUUGUGACGAUCAGAUUAAUGCAGAUGUGAAUGCUUCAUCUAAUGCAUAA